AUGUCCCUCCAAUACACCACCCUAGACGUCUUCACCAAGACACUCUUCGCUGGCAACCCUCUCGGCGUGGUCUUCCUGCCAGCCUCAUCAACCCUGAGCCAGACACAGAAACAGAUCAUUGCCAAAGAAUUCAACUACUCCGAAACCAUCUUCGUGCACCCGAUUGACCCGCAGUCGCCGAACCAGCAAAGAAUCGAUAUUUUCACUACGGACAAGGAGCUGCCGUUUGCGGGACAUCCGACCAUCGGCGCGGCCUCAUUGGCUUUGUAUCUCUCGCGCGGAGCAGCAGCCAGUGCUGCUUCUACAGGCAACAAGGUAGAUACGCUCGUGACCCGUGCUGGACCGAUUCCAAUCUCCCUGAAACCCAGCGGCGAUGAAGUGGGCGCGCUGAUUCCGCAUAAUGUGCGCAUUCACCAAAGGAGGUUUUCGCUGCAAGAACUGCUGCGUCUGCAUCCCUCGCUCAAGCCGCAUGUUUCUGCGCAGCAGGUAACGGAAAGCUUCCCCGUGGUGUCCAUCGUCAAGGGGAUGACGCAGGUUCAUGUUCAGCUGCCGAGUCUCGAGGCACUUGCUGCUGUUGGGCCAGCGACAGAGGGGGAGGCGGUUUCUGGGGUUGAUGCUAGCCAGGGUGGGUAUCUAGAUGAAGGGUGGGGGGGUAUAGGGCUUGUUAUGCUCUACUUUUAUGUUCGAGAUGUUGCAGACGAAAGUACUGGCAAGACAGUCAUCCGGACGAGGAUGUGGCUGGGUUCCGAAGAGGACCCUGCUACAGGGAGCGCGGCGAGCGGAUUGGCUGCGUAUCUAGCAUUGGAAGAAGCCUCGAAAGGUGUUCAAACAGAGCGCAGAUACGACAUUGUGCAGGGAGUCGAGAUGGGACGAAGGAGUGACAUUGGCAUCCGUAUCGCCUCAAAGCUUGAUGGAGCACCGCGCAUUGAAUACCUCGAGCUGACUGGAAGCGCCGUCAAAGUAGCCGAGGGACAGCUGAGAUAUAAUUGA